UAUUAUAGCUCCGUUUCGAGGCUCAGCUAAUCCCUGGUAGCCAAUGUGCGAUGCUUUACACAUACUUGGAGCACUGUGACCUAGCCUGAUUACUGAGUCUGUAGGAAGCAUUGGUUGGUUUUUAUGUGGCAAUGGCUGAUCUAAAAGGCAAGAAGGUUGUGUUCACAGGGGCACUCACAAAUCAAACACGUAGUCAAGCAACCAAAGCUGCAGAGAAACGUGGUUGUAAGGUGGCGGCAUCUAUUAGCAAGGCAGUAGAUUAUGUUGUAAUUGGGGAAAAUGCAGGCCAAAAGGCAGACAAGGCAGAAUCGUUAGGAAUCAAGUGCCUCACGGAGGAUGAAUGGGAGGACAUGCUUAGUGGUAAUUCAGCCAAGAAAACGAGACUAGACAGCCCUGAGUUGGACGAUAGUGAAAAUAUGGAAUCUGAUGAGGAAGGUGCUAAAUCUGAUUUAGAUCUGAAAGGAAAGAAGGUUGUAUUCACAGGGACACUUAAAAAUCAAACAAGAAACCAAGCAACCAAAGAUGCAGAGAGGCAUGGCUGUAAGGUGGCGGCAUCUAUUAGCAAGGCAGUAGAUUAUGUUAUAAUUGGAGAAAAUGCAGGACAAAAAGCAGACAAGGCAAAAUCGUUGGGUAUACAGUGUUUAACAGAGAACGAAUGGGACGAUGUGAUAAGUGGUAAAGGUGGAUCAUCACGUCCAACUACCUCACAGUCACAGGUUAAAAGUGGUGGACCUAAACGAAAGUGUAGAUAUUGGGACAAAUGCUUUCGAACAAACAAGAACCAUCUACAGUUGUUUCUGCAUCCAGAGAAACCUCAACUUAAAUCAACUU